AGGAGGAGAGACACGCGAGGAGAAGGGAGAUCAGCUCGGAGCUUCGGCGGGUUUUUAUUUUUAAUCGCUCGUUUUUUUACUUCGUUCAGAGUAAAUACACCUUUCUGUCAGAUAACGAGAAACAAACAGCAGAGCAGCACUCCGGAGAGUAGGAAACAUCUGAAUAAGAUAACCAAGAUGCAGCCUGCAAGUGCGAAGUGGUACGAUAGAAGGGACUACGUCUUUAUUGAAUUUUGUGUAGAAGACAGCAAAGACGUCCAAGUAAAUUUUGAAAAAUCAAAGCUUAGUUUCAGUUGUCUUGGUGGAACAGACAGCCUGAAACAUCAAAAUGAAAUUGAACUCUUUGAAGGUAUCGAUCCAAAUGAAUCCAAAAACAAACGCACCGAUAGGUCUGUGUUGUGUUGUUUACGGAAAACAGAAUCUGGGAAGUCGUGGCCGAGGCUAACGAAAGACAAGGCGAAGCUCAAUUGGCUCAGUGUCGACUUCAAUAAUUGGAAGGACUGGGAGGAUGACUCGGAUGAAGAGCUGUCCAGCUUUGACCGUUUCUCAGAGAUGAUGAACAACAUGGGGGGAGAUGAUGACUUACCGGAGGUUGACGGAGCAGAAGAUGAGGAAUCAGCAGACAGUGACGAUGAAAAAAUGCCAGACCUGGAGUAAAGGAAUAAAGGAAUCCAUACACAGCUGUGCAGUAGAAUCAUCACAAAACUGUUAAUAAUUAAAAAAAAAAGCUAUAGAUUUGAGUUGGUAGCCAUACAAAAGACCAUUGUUUUUGCAUUUCUUAAAGCCAUUUACAACCAGUUUCCAACAAGGCUUCACUGAGGGUUGAUAUGCAUACCAUCAUACUGUACUGCUCUGUCUGAAGACAUCGACAGUGCUGUACCUUCUCGUUCUGUUAUUAUGCAUGGACUAUUCACAGUUUUCAUGUGUUGUGAGGUAUAGUAAAUUGUUUCUAAACAGAAGAAAACCAAUGGUUAUGGUGAAAGAUGUGUGAAAAAGUUUAAACUUAAAUGAAGCGUAAUAAAAUAUGCUAUGUCUUAUCUUUUUUCCAGUCAGCCAGGCUUUGUUUAAAUUUAAAUGUUGUGGGUUUUCACAACAGUCAAAGGAAAGAUUUUCAGAAUUUUAUUCGACUUUUUCAGUUUUGUUGAUUAUUCUCCUCCCUCUCUUUAAAAUGUAUUUAGAAGAAAGAUGAGGUUUUCCACAUUCUUUUGUCAUAUAUGUAUGGCAAGAGUCUUAGCUGGUGCAUACGGGCAGGCAGUUUUUUUAUUUCUGAAAUGUUAACAAUUGCAGAUUUAUAAUGAUGGGAAAACAUUAAUCAGUAUCAAGUAUUCCGGCAUUUUUAAAUACAGUAGUUAAACAUUUCUGUUUGGUUCCUGGCUAAUUGCAUCCUUUGUAUUUCAUUAAGCUGUCGCCCUCCGUUUUGUUUGGUUAAAAACUGCGGCUUUGGAGCUGGUAAUACAGUGAAGACAUCACCUUGACAUGCUUAGUGUUUCAUUAGCAGCUAUGCGGAGUACAAUAAAGGUGUUUCCUGUUACUCAUUCAUGGAUUUUCUACCACACUGGAAAGGGAAGCAGGUAUCAAAAACUAGAUGAAGUGGUUUCCAUUCUUCCGUAUAUAAACAGGGAAUAGUGGAAGCUCAAAGGAGUCUAUACUCUGUUAGCUUGGCCUUCAAGACUACUCUUAAGAGUGAUUAAGGAGUGAGUAGUGCUGUGCAUUUGUCAAUCCCAGAUUUUAGACAAAGAAUACAGUGUACGUUUAGAUGACCAAAUUGUAUUUGCACUGUCAGAAUAUUGAUUAUGAAUAUGCCAGGUGUGGAAAUAGAAAAUAUAAGAUAAUACAUUAUUCUUAUGUAUGUCAACCUGUCAGCUUUUCACAGGCUGAAGAACUUCAGUUUAUGUUGAAUGCAGUGAGGAAUUUUUUUUAUUGUCUACAUCUUUCUAAUAAACUGUCUGAGACUCACA